AUGUCAUCUCUAAAUAACACUGGAGGGAAACUUAUUGCGCAAAAAGCUAAGGAAGAUGACGAUAUCGAAGACAUAUUCGCUUCAACCUAUGUUUACCAGUCUGCUGUGAUUAAAAAUCCCUCGAUUGAUAUCUCGUCUCCCAAAGGAAAAAAGGGCAAAAGUGAUCUGUAUGAAGAAGAGACCCAUUCAAUGGGCAAGAAUGGCAAAUAUAUCUACAAGUCGGUUGACAGGCAUUUGGACUUCUUGAGACCAGGCCUGAGAUUUGGUGGCUCUCAAUCGUCUAAAUACACAUAUUAUACUGUGGAGGUAAAAAUUGAUACUGUUAAUUUGCCACUUUAUAAAACCUCGCAUUCUUUGGACCCACACGUCACAGGUACGUUUACCAUACGAAAUCUGACUCCAGUACUGGAUAAAGUGGUCACUCUUUUCGAAGGCUAUGUGAUCACGUAUGACCAAUACCCAUUAUGUUCGACGCACUGGCCCGCAGAGGAACCGUUUGAUCCGUACAUGGCUCAAAGAGAAAGUGAUUGUUCUCACUGGAAAAGGUUUGGUCACUUCAGUACUGGAAAAUGGUCACCGACGCAAAGAAAUUUUGGUCAGUACGAUUACGACACCACAGAAUUUAUGAACCAACGUUAUAUUUAUCUCAAAUGGAAAGAGAGAUUUCUACUAGAUAACGAAGAUCAAGAUAACCUGACGUUAAAUGAUAUCUAUCACCUGGACGGUGCCUCAUUUGAAGGGUUUUACUACGUCUGCUUGGACCAAGAAACAGGUUCAAUGGAGGGCUAUUACUAUCAUCCUGCUUGUGAAUUAUUUCAGAAACUCGAGCUGGUGCCUACUAAUUGUGAUGAUCUGAAUACCCAUUCUAGUGGAUUUGAAAUUGCCUAG